ACGGGAAUAACAGAGAAGCAGAAAGCACUUGAGCUGGGAGUGCUGUUGGGAGUCGGGUUCGGGAAACUGGCGCCCUGUGUAGUUUCCCGGAGCUGGAGCGGACGCAGCGGAGCCUCAGGCUUCAGUUCAGGCACUGAAUGGCUCGCCUCCAGUUGGUUCCAUGUCCACAUGUGGACAUCAUGUUUCCUUUUAACAAAAUGGAAACUUCGGAACUCCAUUCAAAAAGGCAAACCCCUUAUGAACAAAGCAGCUCUACUCAUCAUUCUCGGCUGGAGCACCUGAAAAACAACUUUCAGCAAAAACUUCUAAGAGACAAAGAAGAGAAGCUGGAGAAUAUCUUUACUCACAACAGAGAAAGUUUUACUAAAGCCCAUAGCUGUCUUUCUUCUCAUUCUGUAGAAAGCAGCCAGCAGGAUUCAGGAAAAAAUCAGCAGGGUCCAGGAAGUGGGGAUUUUUAUUCAUUCGGGGCUAAUAUUCGGCACACCAAAAUAGAUAACCAAGAAAACACAAUGCCCUUCACAAAGAAGAGAGCUGGUGUGGAUCGUGCCUAUCCCCUCAAACCAGUGUUUCACCGAAAAUCAUUGAGUGCUACUCACAUUGGCAUUGACUCCCAAAACUUCUCCCUGAAACCUUCUGAAUCAAAAGAGGUCUCAUCCAGCUACUUCAGUUCACGGAAUAGGGGGAAUUCAUCUUCAGCUAAGAUGCUGCUUGCUCCCUUACCAGUGGUUCAGCCUAAAAAAUUCUUGUCAAAUCCAGACAGAAUUGAGCUAAUGCAGAUUCAAAAACUGGAGGCAGCAGGUGAAAGCUUAGAGGAAGAAAUUCGGAGAAAAGAGACUCUCCUUAGGGAAAAGCUGAAGAAAACUGAGGAAGAACUUAGAAGGAUCCAAAAAGAAAAGGAACAAGAAGAAGAAAAAAAAGAGCUACAGAGACAGACAUUUCCGAGGAGAAGAGUCACAAGUAGCAGCAGCAGCAUUUCCAAACUCUUUUCACCAGAAUUCAGGUCUGAAGACAUCUUCAGUGGUUAUAGCAGAGAUGAGGAAACAUGGGAACAGUCCCAAGAGAAUUCUAGUCCAUCCUCAGUAUGUUCCCAGUUUUUUGAUCAUGGAGUACAAAGACUCAAAAAGGAAAGAUUAGUGGCAAGUAACAAUAAAAUGCGAGACCAAAUUCCAACACCAUCCCCUGAGCCAUUUUCACAACACCAAGAGGAUCCUGACAAUUCUUUGACCAAAUCCCCUAGUUAUAGUUCAUCUCAGCUUUCAGUCUCCUCAGGUUCCAGCUCUUCACCUGAAGAACCAGAGCUUGGUGAGUGCAGCUACUGUGGACGAAAGUUUCACUUGUUAAGGCUAGAGAAACACACAAAUGUCUGUUGCAAGACCCAAGGUUCCAAGAGGAAAGUGUUUGACUCAUCCAAGGCCCGCGCUAAGGGCACUGAAUUAGAACAAUACCUGACCUGGAAGGGCCCAACUGUAGCCAAGCCAGAGCCACCAAAGAAAAGUACCUGGCGACAAAAACAUGAAUCUUUCAUCCGAACUCUCCGUCAGGCCCGUGAAGUGCAGCAGGUAAUUGCCCGAGGUGGAAAUCCUUCAGACUUGCCUCCCAUGCUACCUGCAGAAAACCCAGACUACAUCCAGUGCCCCCACUGCAGCCGCCACUUUGCCCCCAAAGUGGCUGACAGGCACAUUCCAAAAUGUAAGACCAUCAAGAACCGCCCUCCUCCCCCACGAAAGCGCUGCUGUUGAAAAAAAUCACCCAAGAAUCUCCUGGUGACCCUUCAAGCAGCAGCACCUCCUCUUUAGCAGCCCACAAUGGGACUGGACCUGGAUGAAACUAGAAAGGAAUAGGAUUUGUACAUGUCCUCAAAUCUGUCUGCAAUGCCAGAUUGGAGAGGAACCCCAUUUCUAAGCAAGGAGAAAGAAGCUUCAAGUUCUCACUGAAUUGUAUUUAGGCAAAACUGAUGAGCCUUACAUUAUUUCCAUGAGAAGCAAGACUUGAGCGCAAUAAAAAAGACUAAAUUAAAGCCCUCUCUUCUUAAAAAUCUGACUUGUGAUUUGUGAUAAAGAGCACUCAUGUGGGUGUCUUUUCACAUGUUUAUUGUACUUGUUAACUCCUCUUGCAGCUAUUUAACAAUGUGAUUGUCUUAACUGACUUAUUAAGAUGGUAUGCUUGCCAACAAUAUUUCUUUUAAAAUAUAGCAAGAUUCUUCUGGGGAGUCAUUAAUUUAACAAUAGGAAUCCAGGAAACACGUAAUGCUAUUUCUGAUCUCAUUGGAAUAUACUCUGUAAUCUCUGAAAAUAGGUUUUGUGUAUUUUUGAAUGCCUAUGAAAACUUGUUUUAUGAUUAUCAGUUUCAAAUCAUUUUCAGAUAAGGCUUUAUUAUAAUUUUCCCAUAUUUUCAAUAUAUUUCCAUAUACAUUAAAGUAGAAAAAACUCCCAGAAUCAGAUCAAAUAGCUCUCUUCUCCCACAGUAAUAAAAUGUGCAGUCCUAGUGGGCUAGAACAUCAACUAGCUUCAAAUGUCACAUACUUUCAGGACAUGUAUUUUAGCAAAUUCUGCUUAUUGUUUUUUGUUUUAUGCUUUAGAGUGUAAGCUCCAAUGGAGCAGGACUGACCAGAUCUUUGUAAUUUUCAUUUAAAAAGCGUCUAAGCACAACAAUGUGCAGAAUUAGGCACUUAAAUACUUUAAAAAUUGUAAUGCUGAUAAAGACACUAAGCAAUAGUCCCAAAAGAAA